AGCAGUAGUGGACGUGGUCACACUCACACUCACACAGUCACAGUCAGUGCAGUGAGAAUCACAACCAGAUGGACACUUUCCUCUACGACGUCCCUCCUCUGGUGCUGGAGCGGUUCUGUCGAGUCAUGGACUGCGGGGGAGACACGCUCGGCUGGCGGGCACUAGCUGUCCGCGUUGUUCCCAGCUACUCAGAAGUUCGUAUGUUGGAGCGUCUGGAGGCGGCGGGUCGCAGCCCCACCAGAGAGCUGCUGUGGUCCUGGGCUCAGCAGAACACCAGGGUACAGGACCUGCUCAUGGUGCUGCAGGACAUGGGUCAUCAUAGGGCUCUGCAGCUCUUUCAGAGUCCAGCUCGAGAGUCACCUUUGCCGCAGAGCCAUCGACACGUUGAGGACGACUUCACACCUUCCUCUGUGACGCCCACCUCUGAAACGCAGCCUCGUGUCAUCACUCUGCGAGACAUCAUAGAAGGAACCCGCCAUUUUCAUCACGACAUGAGAAUCGCAGAGGGCCCCUUUGCCAGCGUCUACAGAGCGUGUGUCGGAAAUAAAACGUUCGCCGUCAAGGUUUUUAAACAGAUAAACAGUGUGUCCUGGAAGAAGCAGUGGGAACUCUUCAGGAAGGAAAUGGAAAUUCAUCGCAUGUGUCAGCAUCCAAAUAUCUUAGACCUGGUGGACUGUUUUUCCGAUGAGGGCCACUACUGUCUGGUGUACCCAUACCUCCCCAAUGGAUCACUGCACCACAGGCUACACCAACAGAAACAAGAGUGCCCUCUGUCGUGGGAAGAGAGACUCGCCAUCAUCAAGGGAAUCGCAAAGGCUUUGCAUCACCUGCACACGGCCCAGCCCUGUCCAGUGAUCUGUGGUAACAUAUCCAGUGCUAACAUCUUCUUGGACGAUGCCCUGCAGCCCAAACUGUCUGACUUUGGCUUGGCUCGUCUCCGUCCUAAGUCAGCCAGUCAGUCCUGUACCAUCACGCUCAACACAGGUUCCCACAGCAACCUGGGGUACCUCCCAGAGGAGUACAUCCGAGAUGGCAAGCUGUCCUCCAGCCUGGACGUUUACAGCUUUGGAAUGCUUAUAUUGGAAGCAAUAACAGGACGGAAGGUCAUCGAGGACGGACCUAGACCAACACUGCUGAGAGACGUGUUUGUCACAGUGGUGGAGGAAAGUGGUGGCGGCCUGGACUCCUGUCUGCAGUUUUUGGACAGGACGGCCGGCCAGUGGCCGACUUCCAUGGCCCUCAAACUUCUGGAUCUGGCCAUGAACUGCAUUGUCAGCCGCCACCGUCAAAGACCAAACAUGGAGAAUGUCCUUCUGGCACUGAGUGAGCUGCUUCUUCCACCCAGAUGCCCGCUCGCCGACCAGCCGCACAGCCUGGACGAUAUAGCCGCUAUAUAUGUGGUGCAUAGCCCCUCAUCCUCCAUACUAGUGGAGCAUGAUGAGCAGAGUGUGGUACCUGGUUCUCCAGCACAGGAAGGACCUUGUGAAUACAGCCAGUCGGAGGUGACAUAUCUGAGUGACAGUAUGGCUGCCCAUGAUGAGGCUGAAGCUGACCUGUACAGCAGCUUUCCUGUGCAGUGCAGCUGUUCAAGUGAGGAAGGGGGACUGCCCUGUGAAGACUGCAGGGCCAACGGACUCGUUUCUGACCCCACCGGGAGUCCUCACUCUGACUUAUGUGUGGUGGAGAAUGUAGCCAAGUGCAGGCUGAAGAACAAACUGAGUUUUUAUAACAAGGGGCUGAUUGACACGGAGGAGCUGUUCUCAGAAACACCGAUGCAGCAGGGGGCCGAACGACAACAAAGCAGCAUGCAGUCACCUGUUGGGACAAAAUCCCAGUGACAGGACUCAUUGAUGUGUCACAAACAUCAUGACAUCUUGACUCCAUCUGUUGCGGCUUCUUAUGACAACACCGUAGUUCUCAAUGAACUCUUCUCAUGGAGAUUAUCCAUAACGGGAAUUGUUCUCAUCUUUUUUUAUUUUAUUUUUUUAAAUAAACCCUUGUGAUAAAUUCAUUAGGGCUGUCUCCUGGGGGCACUGAUAACAGAUGGACAAUUAAGCCAUUUUCUAAUGUCCAUUGUAAGUCAGUGACAUCUCAGCUGUGUAACAGUGUAAUAAUGACGUGGACAUCAGGGUCCAGCAGCACAUUUCAAGUCAGGCAGGAUCAAUGCAGGAUGUUUUAAUGUAUGAUUUUAUUUGUAAAAUUAAUAUUUCAAGUAUUUAUCAAGAUAUUAUGCUCAUAGUAUGUUAUAUUUAUUACAUUUAAUGCAGUGUUAGAAAUUGUUUGGGAGGCAAUGCCUGUCCAAAUUCAAAUUUGUGGCCCUGGCACCGUCCCAUAUGCUACUGUGACAAGGUCUUGUUGUUCAAAUGUGGCAUGAAUUUGCUACUCAGGUGAUCAUAUAAAAAAAUCUAGGAGCAGGUUUCACUGUGUUUCAUAAAGAUAAACUAUAGCUCAUGUGGUCCGUUCCUGUGUAAGAACAAUUAAAGGACAUACACAGACUCGACACAGAGCCUAGCACUGUGAACAUACAUUAAUGUUAUAUAUUUUUUUAAUAUAUACAGUACAUACAAACAGAAGCUGUUAAACUGCCCCCCAUAUGUUCUCCUGGAUUCAGUUUACUGCAGUGCAAUCCACAUCCACAUGGUGGAAACCUUAUUUAAAUACUAUCUUGUGUCAAUAUUAAGGUGUUUUAUAUCAAUGGUGAUAAACAAACUAAUAAUUUGAAUAUGUUUCUCUCAGUGUUGUGUGACCUGUGUAUACUGUUUUGUUAUUGUAUUAAGAGUACAUGUUGAAAGCGAUUAAAAAGAAAAUACAAGACAA